CUUCCCCAUCGAACCCAGCACAGCGGCUGCUCUGCUCGCCAAUGGACUCCGCGGCGCCCUCGAGGGGCCCCGCGAGCUUCCCCACGCAGGCCAACGCCCUCCUCCGCAAGAACCUCUGCUUCCAGAAGAGGAACAUGAGGACGAACGCGUGCAUCACCCUCUUCCCGGUCCUCCUCUGCGUGCUGCUCGUCGUGCUGCAGGGCGUCAUCGACCGCGAGCUCAGCAAGCCCAAGUACCGAUGCGGCUGCUCCUGCGUCGACCCCGGCCCAGGCGCGGCCGAGGGGGCCUGCCGCCGGACGGAGUGCGGCGUCCAGCACUCCACGCUGGACCAGGUUGGGAGCUGCCCGAUCCCCAGACCUACCAAGUGGCCGGCGCUGGUCCAGGUGCCGCGGCCAGAGUCCCGGGCCGUCAGGACCGCCUCCCAGCCGUUGGAUGGUUUGCCUAACCCGACCUGCCGGGACACCGGUUCCUGCCCCGCCUCUGUCCUCGUCACCGGCAACAACCGCACGCUUGCAGAAAGUCUUUCGGGUGGACUGUUUCCUGCUCUGUCAUCCCCAUUGAAUUUCACGGAUUACCUUGAUGCUCUCUCAAAGAUUGUCGCUGGCUCAGACACGUCGCCGUGGACAACACAGUUUAUAGAGCCAGUGUUCAUCCCAGGGAAUACUUUAUAUCUGUUACAACCUCAGUGUUUGUUCAAUUUAUCACAGACAGUUUCAUACAAUGCCGUGGGCAUACCUCUUCAGCUCAACAUUGACUGCAUUCAAGGACUGUCAUUAUGGCGUGAAAGUGCGUCGGUUAUAAAUGACGAACUAUUUAAAGGUUAUAGACAACAAAAUAGAGGUAGUGGAGGAGGAAAGACGAAUGAAUUUGUUGCAGGUUAUGAUUUCUUGAACACAAAUAUGAAUGGUCUUGAAAUAAACAUUUGGUACAACUCUACCUAUAACAACAACACCGCGUAUGGACAAAUCGCAUUGUUACGAGUUCCACGCUUGGUUAACACGGCAUCCAAUGCGUACAUCAAAUUUCUCAGAGGAAGUGGAGUGGAAAUGUUGCUCGAAUAUGUUAAAGACAUGCCCAAAGUAGGAACAAAACAGAAGUUUGACCUCUCUUCUCUUCUUGGUGCACUGUUCUUCACGUGGAUCAUUGAACUACUAUUUCCAGUCAUAUUGUCAUAUCUAGUGUAUGAGAAGCAACAGAAGCUGAAAAUUAUGAUGAAGAUGCAUGGUCUGAAGGAUGGUCCUUACUGGCUUAUCUCCUAUGUUUACUUCUUUGCUCUGUCGGCUUUCUAUAUGAUACUAUUUGUGAUUUUUGGCUCCCUGAUCGGCCUAAACUUCUUCAAAUUAAAUGACUACAGCAUUCAGUUUGUCUUCUACUUCAUCUAUAUAAAUCUGCAGAUUGCACUUGCAUUUUUUGUAGCUUCCAUCUUUUCUUCUGUCAAAAUAGCCACAGUGGUUGGUUACAUCUAUGUAUUUGGCUCUGGCUUACUAGGGGCAUUUCUUCUUCGCUUUUUCGUUGAAGAUACUAGUUUUCCAAAGGGUUGGAUAGUUGUCAUGGAGAUCAUCCCUGGAUUUUCAUUGUACCGAGGGUUAUAUGAGUUUGGUCGAUAUGCAUUCUCUGCAAAUGCAAUAGGGACCAAUGGUAUGGAGUGGGCUAAUUUGGACGACCCUGUUAAUGGAAUGCGUGUUGUCUUGAUUAUUAUGGUCGUGGAGUGGGCAAUACUGCUCCCAUUGACAUUCUAUAUGGAUCAAGUCUCGUCAUUGGGAGGCGGAAUUCGAAAAAAUCCCUUAUUCUUCUUGAGAUGCUUUAAGAAACGUGCUCUAUCAUUGCGGAGAUAUAGCUUCGGGCGACAAGGAUCUAAAGUAGUAGUUGAAAUGGACAAUCCUGAUUCUGCUCAAGAAAGAGAGGUAGUUGAGCAACUUCUACUGGAAGGCAAUGAGAACCAAGCAAUCAUCUGUGAUAACCUCAAGAAGGUUUACCAUGGAAAGGAUGGAAACCCUGACAAACUUGCAGUCCGAGGGCUGUCUCUUGCUCUACCAAAAGGCCAGUGUUUUGGAAUGCUUGGCCCGAAUGGAGCUGGGAAGACAUCCUUCAUCAGCAUGAUGAUUGGGCUCAUUCCACCUACAUCUGGCACUGCCUAUGUCCACGGAAUGGAUAUAACAACUGAUAUGGAUGAGAUCUAUACGAACAUGGGUGUAUGUCCACAGCAUGACUUACUUUGGGAAACAUUGACGGGUAAAGAGCAUCUAUUGUUUUAUGGGAGGUUAAAGAAUCUUAAAGGCACCGAAUUACUGAAGGCUGUUGAUGACUCUCUGAAGAGUGUUAACCUAUUUCAUGGUGGCGUUGGCAAUAAGCAAGUAGGAAAGUACAGUGGGGGAAUGAAACGAAGGCUUAGUGUUGCCAUCUCAUUAAUCGGGGACCCCAAGGUUGUUUUCAUGGACGAGCCAAGCACUGGACUAGAUCCAGCCUCAAGAAAUAACCUGUGGAGUGUUGUGAAGGAGGCAAAGAAAAACCGCGCCAUCAUUCUUACAACACAUUCAAUGGAGGAGGCAGAAGUACUAUGCGAUAGGCUUGGCAUUUUUGUGGACGGUGGUUUCCAGUGCCUUGGAAAUCCAAAGGAGCUGAAAGGUAGAUAUGGCGGCACCUAUGUGUUCACAAUGACAACAUCUUCGGAGCAUGAACAGGAGGUCGAACAGCUUGUUCACCGUUUGUCACCAAGUGCAAGCAGGAUAUAUCAUAUAUCAGGAACACAGAAAUUUGAGCUGCCAAAGCAGGAGGUGAGGAUAGCAGAUGUUUUCCAUGCAGUUGAGAGUGCAAAAAGCCGGUUCAGCAUACACGCUUGGGGCCUGGUUGACACCACCUUGGAGGAUGUCUUCAUCAAGGUUGCCAAGGGAGCACAAGCGUUCAGUGUGGUUGCUUAAAUAGUAUAUUGGAUUUAUAGGAGAUUAUGUUCUUCCUUUUCGAGGACUAUGUGGUGUAUAUUCUUGUUUGAACUUUGGUUAUAGUCUUUUUUUUUUAGGAUGGCGCUUGAGGUGUAUAUUUAGUAUAGUUAAGUUGUAUAUUCUAUAAUCCGAAUUUCAAGUUGUUGCUUAGCAAAUACAGAUGUACUCUGUUCAUAUUGUCA